AUGGUGAACCUUCCCACACCAUCGGCCUUAUCAAUCUCAAGCGGCAUUGAGGUUCUGUCCAGAGCCGGACCCUCCGUCAAGCUGCUGGACGCGCUUGCUCCAACUCGCAGCUACAGCUUUGGCCUCACGACGUUACCUGGCGUGGAAGCAAUCCAAGACAACGAGCUUCGGAAGACCUUGGAGCAGCUUUUCGAAUUGUCUCAGCUGCUUAUUGUACUAUCACCUUUCGGUCGCGGAAACGGACAGGCCUGGACACACUCGGAACAACUCUACCCGGCUCUUUUGCAAUGGAAGCGGCAGCAAGUUCCAGGUCUACUUUCUCAGGUAGCACAGCUACUGAAGCAGCUCGAUGCGAUCAACAACUCAACAGGUAGUAUUGAGGAUACGUCAGCACUUAUUUUAUUGGUGCUUGGCCAUGUGGUGUGCGCUCUUGCUCGCUACCUUUUUCUCGAGCCUCUAGACUUGGCUCCCUCCCAAACACCUUCCUCAAUCCCUGUCGAAGCUCCGCGAGAUGACGGAUGGACAGACGAGACGAUACAAAGCAAGGCAAAAAGUGCUCUCGACGAACUCUCUCGCUCCGUCUCAACAUGGAAGCAUGAUACACCCACUCUCGCCAAGUCUCUGCUCACAGACUACAUCAAACCCAUCUUCUCGGAGGUCGCAUCUUCCUCAUCAGCUUCUAUGAGCUCAAUCGACCCAGCAACAGGCAGGAAAAAGGCUCCAACACCGGGGUCAGCUUUCAUCUCCCAUCUUAAUGCGAAUCUCGGUCAGCAUCGAUUCCAAAGCGUGGCAGAAGACAGCGAUGCGUCGAACCUCGCACCACGACGCUUCGCACUUGCUUUGUCUGUCGAAUACCUUCGCUCGACUGUAGUUGAAGACGUAGCAAGUCUGUCGGAUAGCGCUCUGCAGGGUCUGACAGAGCGCAACGAAGCGCUAGGUUGUAUCAACGUUCUGGGCUGGUGUCUCGACAAUCUGCAGCAGAGAACAGAGUCGGAAUGGAGCAGCGUUUGGCCGCUUCUGGUGCCUCCUCUGCUGACGUUGUUGGAACAUCCCCAGCCCAGGUUUCGACUACGAGGUAGCAUGCUUGUGCAUAAGUUCCUGUUGAGGCCGAGUCUCGGUGGACAGACCGAUGACUCACAGGACGGCAGAACAAGGGAGGUGGUGGUUGGUAGAAUUCUCGUUCGCACUGGUAUUGGUAGUCUUUUGGAGCGAGCUCUUCAUUCCAACCUGACUUACGUCCACGAUGAGCAGUACGCUGCAGGGCUGCUGUUUCAUUCGACCGGUGCUCUCCGUCAGCUCAUUUUCCUGACGACCUAUCCUAUCGCUUGGCGCGAUUCUUCGCAGCCGCUUUUCGAAACUCCCUACAGAGCAGAAGCUGGAUGUUCAGGAUCGGUCAGCACAACGCUGGACCAACCCGAUGACUGUGGAAAGCGCAGGAUGGAAGCUCUCUCCCGACUUGUGUCGGAAGGCAUCCUAUCAACAUGGUCGUACUUGCCACUUCCACCCUCGAGCACACGUCUCGGAUGCGAGCUAGUCAAAGUCACUUGCUCAGCGUAUAUGGUGUUGGCAGAUGAUCUAGCGGCACCUGUUCUCUCUGAGAACGCUGGAACCGAAGCGGAAGAGUCGCAAAAGGGGACCCUAGCCCUUGGCGGCAUGGCGAGGUUCCUCGAUGUGACGCUGGACUGGAUCUUCCGGAGCUGGCUGUCAAACGUCGCCUUUGACCACACAGACCAAAUCGUAACGACGACUCAAGUCCUCGACGUCGCAUGCCGACUGCUCUUUCCGUCCCGGAGCGGGGCGAGAUGCGCCAAAGACGCUGGCAAGAAAGAGCAUUACGGUAACUUUGACAUGAGUCCAAGCUCAGUGCGUUCCUUCACCGGCAUCAUUCUGUUGUCGAUCGCAAAGUGCUGGAUCUCUGCCCUCGAGUCAUCUCAGCGUACUUCAACAGUAAAGACAGAAGCAAGUGGGCAAGCGAGAUGGCAGGAAUUGCAACGCCGAUUGACUCAGCUGAUGGCCAACUUGUCGCUCGUCGACUCAUCGGUCCAGCCGCGCUGGACUGAGAUGGUCAAGGUCGAUCAGCGUCUCGCAGCGCUCUUCCAACAUCCAUGA